GCCAAACAAACGAGAAACAGAGAAUGGGAAACACGAGAGCGGCUAAAGCAGAGGUCGAAUAGUCCAAUACCCAUUUCUUGUAUAUAGUAACAGAGGUCAUACACCAUGGAUUCCAUACGUAGCUGACCUUUGUUUUUUUAUUUUGGCUGAGGUCUGGAGUGCCCUUUUAUACAGAAACCAUUUGAUUUAUUUCUUCCAUCAUUUGCUCCUUAGUGUCUUCCUCAGUUGUAGAGAGUUGAAAGAAUCCCACGAAUACAUGGCAAGCAGACUCAGUGGAGAAGACAUUGUUGUGUCUCCCACUGUGCAGGCGAUUCUUAACAAAUUAGAGCAACCUUUGUUAAUUGAUUUUGGAUCGAUGUGGAGCAUUGAGAGAGAGCUAUUGGAGCUCCACCGCACCGCAGAGAGAAUCAAAGCAGUUCUUGAAGUGGUAGAGAACAAGCAAAGAAAUGACGGGCUUUUAAAACUCAGCCUCAAAGAACUUAGAGAUGAAGCUUACUACACUGAUGAUAUGCUGGAUGAGUUUCUUUAUGAAACUCUCAAACUACAAGGUGAGAGAAUUCGUGGCAAGAAGAGGAAGCAGGUACCCGCCUUUCUUUCCUUUUCUUUGAAUGAUAAUCAAUUGUUACGUCAACGUGAUAUCGCUCGUAUCACAGCUGAAAUCAGUGAGAAAUUAGGUUUAAUUGAAAAGAAUCUCGAAAAACACUAUUUUCAAGGUCCAGCUGAACGAAGGCACCAUGAGAUGCUAACUAGAUUACAAUCUUUUCCCUCAAGAGAAACAAAAGCAGUAGUUGGUUCAAUAGUUGAUGAGAAUCAUGUGUUUGGAAGACAAGAAGAUGUGCAGAUUGUUAAAAAAAUGUUGAUAUCUGAUCAAAAUUAUGGGACACAUUGUGUUUCUGUGGUUGCCAUUGUUGCUAUGGGGGGAAUAGGAAAGACUACACUUGCUCAGCUUGUGUACAAUGACCUAGAAAUAACAAAUUUCUUUGAAGUAAGAGCAUGGGUUUGUGUGUCUGAUCCACUUGAAAUUGAAAGGGUUACCAGAGGAAUUCUAAAUUCAGCUACUAGGAAAUGGUCCUCCCAUCUUGAAAACCUAGAGCCACUCCAGCGUGAACUUGAAAAUACACUAAGAGGAAAGAAAACCCUAAUUGUGAUGGACGAUUUAUGGAAUGAAAAUUUCCGUGAUUGGGAUAAAUUGCGUGUUCCCUUUAAAGUUGCAGGUGAGGGAAGCAAAGUAUUAGUGACCACUCGAAGCACUAAAGUUUCGUCUGUCAUGAACGCGACUGCAACCCAUUUUUUGAGAGGUUUGAGUGAUGAAGAUUGCUGGUCCUUGUUCAAAGAUCGUGCUUUUUCUGAUUUAGACACCAUUCCAUAUCCCAACUUAGAAGCAAUUGGUAGAAACAUUGUGAAAAAGUGUAAUGGGUUGCCUUUGGCAAUAAAUACACUUGGAGGGCUUCUUCAAGGUAAAUUAGAUGAGAAUGAAUGGGUAUUUAUCUUGGAAAGUGAAAUGUGGGACAUAGAAGAAGAUGAUGCUUUGCCGGCUCUAAGUUUGAGUUAUCAUCAUCUCCCACCUCAUCUGAAGCAAUGUUUUGCUUAUUGCUCUUUGUUUCCUAAAGAUUAUAUAUUUGAAAAGCGUUAUCUAGUUCAACUUUGGAUGGCCGAGGGGUUUAUUCAAUCUAAGCAAGUUGAAAGAAUGGAAGACAUUGGAGAGAAAUAUUUUGAGGAUCUGUUGCAUCGGUCUUUUUUCCAGCCUCGCUUCAAGGAUACAUUUGUAAUGCAUGAUCUGAUGCAUGAUUUAGCUUGCUCAGUCUCAAUGGGGAUUUGUUUCAAAUUUAACUACAAGAGAACACAUGAUAUCCGUGAAAAGGUUCGACACAUAUCAUUGCCUCACUUUCGUAGUGAUCUAUUAGAAACUAGAUCCCAUAAAUUCAGGAGGUCAUCCACAUUUCUGUGUGGGGAGACAAAGAUGCAAGGAAAUGAUUUUCCUAAUGGGUUUUUCAUAGAACUCAGUUGCUUACGUGUGUUGGUUCUUGAUGUAUCUGGGAUCAAGUCUCUGCCCAAUUCCAUUGGAAAUUUGAAGCAUUUACGGUUCUUUUUGAUUACUAGUGGUACCAUAGAAACAUUGCCUGACUCAAUAUGUGUGCUCUACAAUUUACAGGUGUUGGACAUAGUGGGUUGUAAAAAUCUUGUUGAGUUACCUAAAGAUUUAUCCAGCUUACUCAACCUCCAACAUCUACUGAUGAAAGAAAAGUGGUGGGGUAUUGGAAAUAGACCAGAAAAAAUAGGAAAAUUAACACAUCUUAAAACAAUGGCUUUUUUUAAUGUUGGGCCAAAUGCAGCAGAUAGCAUUAGAGAGCUAAGAGAAUUGGUGAGUCUCAAAGGGAUCCUUACAAUUCGGAAUCUAGAGUAUGUAAGAGAUAAUAGAGAAGCUGAGGAUGCCAAUUUGAAGAAUAAGCAGAAAAUUGAUGGGUUGAGCUUGCAUUGGAGUUAUUCUAGUGAUAAUCCAUAUUAUGGAUCUUUGGAAGAUAGAAUUUCGUGGUCUAAGCAUUGGGAUGAUGUACUGGAGACCCUAAAACCUCACAAAGGGUUGAAGAUUCUUGAAGUUGUGAAGUUCCCUGGUUUACACUAUCCAACUUGGAUGACGACAUAUUUAUUUACAUACAACAAACUGGUUUCAGUGUUGCUUGAUGGGGUUGAGAGCCAAUCCCUUCCAUGUUUGGGACAGCUGCCAUGUUUAGAAAUCCUCAAGAUCCGGAGGAUACAUAAAAUUAGACAAUUGAGUGGUGAGUUCUAUGGUGGUAUUGAUGGUAGUAAGGGAUUUCAAAGGUUGAAGAACUUGGAAUUUUUUGAUAUGGAUGGUCUGGAGGAGUGGUGUGAAUCAGAGGAUGGUGAAUUCCCUUCUCUCCAAUACUUUUGUCUCAUCAAGUGUCCCAAUGUAAAGAGACUACCUCGACUUCACCCUACUGCUGAAGAAAUGAUACUUGAAAUCCAAUCCUGCUGUAGUUUAACAUCCUUGCACUAUGGACAACAUACCUCUCUUACAGAGUUGGAUGUCAGCUACUGUGAUGGCAUUGGAUCGUUGCCCAAGGAAUUACACGAAUUCACCUCAUUGCGGACGAUGAAUAUUCUAUAUUGUUCUCCUUUGGAUGUGUUGUUUAUGGACGAAUUUCUUCCGCCAAAGCUUAAGACUCUUUCUCUAUGGGGAAUCCAGCAGCUGAAAUUCCUUGCAGAGGCUGAAGCGCCACCCAUGCUUGAAGAUUUAAAAAUCUAUUUUUGUGAUGGUCUUAAAUCCUUGCCCAGUGGAUGGCAAAAAUGUACCUCAUUGAAGUCAUUGAAGAUAGAAUAUUGUUCUCAACUGGAGUUUCUGUUUUCAGAUGGAGUGGAAGACGAGGAUUUUCCUCUCCCAGUGCUUGAGGAUAUUGAACUAUCAGGACUCCAUCAAUUGAGGUCCUUGCCUAAGGGAUUGCACAGAUGUGCCUCAUUAGAGAUGCUUUCAAUUCAUGACUGUCCUAAAUUGGAGGUGUUGUUUUCUGAUGGAGUGGAAGAAGAAGAAGAUGAAUGUCUACUCCCAGUGCUUGAGACUAUUCGCCUACAAGAACUCAAUGGAAUGAGAUCCUUGCCCAAUUUUCUGCAUAAAUUGUCUUCUCUCAAAGAAUUAUAUAUCGGUGACUGUGAAAAUCUCACCUCCUUACCAGAGGAUGGGCUUCCUGCAAGCCUUGAGCAUCUGAAAAUUACAAGGUGCAAUGCUGAUCUGAGCGAGCGAUGCCAGCAGGGAGGAGAAGAUUGGCCCAAAAUCUCACACAUACCAUCGGUAGAAAUUAGUGAAAAUAUAUACAACAGUGAAAGUAUGUAUAUAUUUGACAGUGAUUGUAUGUCCGACAGUGAGUAAAAUAACACAUUGCCCCCAAGAGUUUGGGUUGUCAGAAUUCAUAUCUUAUUUUUAUGGGCAAGAAUGUACAAGGCGAUCCAUUCCUCUCUUCCUACAACUUUCUAGGCAACAGAAUUUGUCUGCCUAACGACUAAUGAAGAAAAUUGCCUGCUGAGGAAACUGGUUGAUAGCUAUUGGAAAAUGCAAAUGACAAAAGUUGGUGAGAACAACUGAGGAUCAGCUGCAAAGGAGCAGCUGUUCAGACUUGGUUCAGCUCUUAAAAAAAUAAAUACAUGCACAACCUUCAUAGUUGAUGCUUUGGUUUCUUUACACAAGAAUUUUCUGAGUCUUGGUUACUCGAUUAAUAAUCAUUGUCCAAGAGCUCAGACAAUUAGAAUUUCAGUCAUACUUCUCAUACUCUGUUCCCAGGCGAGGGGGCAUAAAUCAAUCUACGAGAGGACCCUUCUUAUGUAGUGGGAAGGAUGGAAUUUGCUUCACAAAUAUCCAUAUUCAAGUUGAGGCGGUCCAAAGUGUCUAAUGGUCUUAUAUCUUUUCUAUGACAGUGCCCUUCCUCAUAUUGACUUUCAGCCAGCAUUUCCUGCCAUGUGGCCACAAGUGUUGGAAACUCAAGCUACUGGUGGGGCUGUGCCCAUUCUCCCUCUUCUUCCGCUAAUCAACCGGAGUAAGGAACCUUAGAAUUCACCCUAACUGUCGAUUAAAAAAUGGGAUUGGAGAGGACAAAGCUAGGGGUUUCACUGGAAAGAGAACCAUUCCCUUAUCCAUCAUUGACAAUGGGCAAUCAUCUUUUGUUUAACAUCUAGAUCCUGACACAAAUUCAGAUAUUAUUUCUCAGCUAGCGGUUAGUAUCAAAACCCUUCCCAUGCAUAAUUAUUCUGCAGAAACAUGGUCUGUUUUGCACCACCAUUGACACAUUCUGUAACUUGUCCAGAUGCACCGAGUGGAAGAUUAAUCCAUAGGACUUUCAAUUGGGUAGCAUUUCACAUCAUAGAUAAAAAACUGAAUCAAUAUCAUCAUUAGCCACAUGCUUAUUUACAUGAAGAGAUGGGUGCCCAAGGUAGUGUAUUGGUAAUGUGGUAGUUUAGUGCAGCAAACCAGAUUUUCCUCAUUUUUAUUUGAUUUAAUUUUUCUCCUGCAAUUAUUCUGAAACUUGGUACUCUCUCAUCAGCGAUUCAUUGGAUACCAACUUUACAUCUCACCAAUCAGAUAAAGCAUCGAAGUGUCUAAUGUGUUCUGCUCUAGAAGUUCUGAUUCCUUCUUUACGGAGCAAAGAGUUGUGUAGACUGGAAAGAGUUGAGUAGAUCAUUUUAUUAAGCCUAUAGAUUGUAAAUUGUAAAAUUGUAAAAAGAGGAAACUUGUAGCAGGUCACCUCAUUCAUGGUUCUCCUUUUGGAAAUGAUAAGCCUAUAUAGACGUGAAAA